AUGGUCGAACCCGAAAACGAUUGUCGGACUUACACUUUUGACCAGUCACGCGCAAAGGAUGUAUUUACGUUUAAACAUGCCCCUGUAACUGAGAUAUCACCAGCUCCGAAGUAUUUAGUCUGUUUUGGGCCACAUGGGAUGCUUCAAUACACUCCUGUAUAUUGA